AUGGUUAACAGGCUGGUGGUUAACAGGCUGGUGGUUAACAGGCUGGUGGUUAACAAGCUGGUGGUUAACAAGCUGGUGGUUAACAAGCUGGUGGUUAACAGGCUGGUGGUUAACAAGCUGGUGGUUAACAAGCUGGUGGUUAACAGGCUGGUGGUUAACAGGCUGGUGGUUAACAAGCUGGUGGUUAACAGGCUGGUGGUUAACAGGCUGGUGGUUAACAAGCUGGUGGUUAACAGGCUGGUGGUUAACAAGCUGGUGGUUAACAAGCUGGUGGUUAACAGGCUGGUGGUUAACAGGCUGGUGGUUAACAAGCUGGUGGUUAACAAGCUGGUGGUUAACAGGCUGGUGGUUAACAAGCUGGUGGUUAACAGGCUGGUGGUUAACAGGCUGGUGGUUAACAAGCUGGUGGUUAACAGGCUGGUGGUUAACAAGCUGGUGGUUAACAGGCUGGUGGUUAACAAGCUGGUGGUUAACAGGCUGGUGGUUAACAAGCUGGUGGUUAACAAGCUGGUGGUUAACAAGCUGGUGGUUAACAGGCUGGUGGUUAACAAGCUGGUGGUUAACAAGCUGGUGGUUAACAGGCUGGUGGUUAACAAGCUGGUGGUUAACAAGCUGGUGGUUAACAGGCUGGUGGUUAACAGGCUGGUGGUUAACAAGCUGGUGGUUAACAAGCUGGUGGUUAACAAGCUGGUGGUUGGUAGGCUGGUGGUUAACAAGCUGGUGGUUAACAAGCUGGUGGUUAACAGGCUGGUGGUUAACAAGCUGGUGGUUGGUAGGCUGGUGGUUAACAGGCUGGUGGUUAACAAGCUGGUGGUUGGUAGGCUGGUGGUUAACAGGCUGGUGGUUAACAAGCUGGUGGUUGGUAGGCUGGUGGUUAACAAGCUGGUGGUUAACAAGCUGGUGGUUGGUAGGCUGGUGGUUAACAAGCUGGUGGUUAACAAGCUGGUGGUUAACAGGCUGAUGGUUAACAAGCUGGUGGUUGGUAGGCUGGUGGUUAACAAGCUGGUGGUUAACAAGCUGGUGGUUAACAGGCUGGUGGUUAACAAGCUGGUGGUUAACAAGCUGGUGGUUAACAAGCUGGUGGUUAACAAGCUGGUGGUUAACAAGCUGGUGGUUAACAAGCUGGUGGUUAACAGGCUGGUGGUUAACAGGCUGGUGGUUGGUAGGCUGGUGGUUAACAAGCUGGUGGUUAACAAGCUGGUGGUUAACAGGCUGGUGGUCAACAAGCUGGUGGUUGGUAGGCUGGUGGUUAACAAGCUGGUGGUUAACAAGCUGGUGGUUAACAAGCUGGUGGUUAACAAGCUGGUGGUUAACAGGCUGGUGGUUAACAAGCUGGUGGUUAACAGGCUGGUGGUUAACAGGCUGGUGGUUAACAAGCUGGUGGUUAACAAGCUGGUGGUUAACAGGCUGGUGGUUAACAGGCUGGUGGUCAACAAGCUGGUGGUUAACAAGCUGGUGGUUAACAGGCUGGUGGUCAACAGGCUGGUGGUUAACAGGCUGGUGGUUAACAAGCUGGUGGUUAACAGGCUGGUGGUUAACAGGCUGGUGGUUAACAAGCUGGUGGUUAACAAGCUGGUGGUUAACAGGCUGGUGGUUAACAAGCUGGUGGUUAACAGGCUGGUGGUUAACAAGCUGGUGGUUAACAAGCUGGUGGUUAACAGGCUGGUGGUUAACAAGCUGGUGGUUAACAGGCUGGUGGUUAACAGGCUGGUGGUUAACAAGCUGGUGGUUAACAGGCUGGUGGUUAACAAGCUGGUGGUUAACAGGCUGGUGGUUAACAAGCUGGUGGUUAACAAGCUGGUGGUUAACAAGCUGGUGGUUAACAGGCUGGUGGUUAACAAGCUGGUGGUUAACAAGCUGGUGGUUAACAGGCUGGUGGUUAACAAGCUGGUGGUUAACAAGCUGGUGGUUAACAGGCUGGUGGUUAACAGGCUGGUGGUUAACAAGCUGGUGGUUAACAGGCUGGUGGUUAACAGGCUGGUGGUUAACAGGCUGGUGGUUAACAAGCUGGUGGUUAACAGGCUGGUGGUUAACAAGCUGGUGGUUAACAGGCUGGUGGUUAACAAGCUGGUGGUUAACAAGCUGGUGGUUAACAAGCUGGUGGUUAACAGGCUGGUGGUUAACAAGCUGGUGGUUAACAAGCUGGUGGUUAACAGGCUGGUGGUUAACAAGCUGGUGGUUAACAAGCUGGUGGUUAACAGGCUGGUGGUUAACAGGCUGGUGGUUAACAAGCUGGUGGUUAACAAGCUGGUGGUUAACAAGCUGGUGGUUGGUAGGCUGGUGGUUAACAAGCUGGUGGUUAACAAGCUGGUGGUUAACAGGCUGGUGGUUAACAAGCUGGUGGUUGGUAGGCUGGUGGUUAACAGGCUGGUGGUUAACAAGCUGGUGGUUAGUAGGCUGGUGGUUAACAAGCUGGUGGUUAACAAGCUGGUGGUUGGUAGGCUGGUGGUUAACAAGCUGGUGGUUAACAAGCUGGUGGUUAACAGGCUGAUGGUUAACAAGCUGGUGGUUGGUAGGCUGGUGGUUAACAAGCUGGUGGUUAACAAGCUGGUGGUUAACAGGCUGGUGGUUAACAAGCUGGUGGUUAACAAGCUGGUGGUUAACAAGCUGGUGGUUAACAAGCUGGUGGUUAACAAGCUGGUGGUUAACAGGCUGGUGGUUAACAGGCUGGUGGUUGGUAGGCUGGUGGUUAACAAGCUGGUGGUUAACAAGCUGGUGGUUAACAAGCUGGUGGUUAACAGGCUGGUGGUCAACAAGCUGGUGGUUGGUAGGCUGGUGGUUAACAAGCUGGUGGUUAACAAGCUGGUGGUUAACAAGCUGGUGGUUAACAAGCUGGUGGUUAACAGGCUGGUGGUUAACAAGCUGGUGGUUAACAGGCUGGUGGUUAACAAGCUGGUGGUUAACAAGCUGGUGGUUAACAAGCUGGUGGUUAACAGGCUGGUGGUUAACAGGCUGGUGGUCAACAAGCUGGUGGUUAACAAGCUGGUGGUUAACAAGCUGGUGGUUAACAGGCUGGUGGUCAACAAGCUGGUGGUUAACAGGCUGGUGGUUAACAGGCUGGUGGUUAACAGGCUGGUGGUUAACAGGCUGGUGGUUAACAGGCUGGUGGUUAACAGGCUGGUGGUUAACAAGCUGGUGGUUAACAAGCUGGUGGUUAACAGGCUGGUGGUUAACAAGCUGGUGGUUAACAAGCUUGUGGUUAACAGGCUGGUGGUAGACUGGUGGUUAUCAGGUUGGUGGUUAACAUACUGGUGGUUAACAGGUUGGCGGUAGUCUGGUGGUUAACAUGCUGGUGGUAGGCUGGUGGUUAACAGGCUGG